AUAGUGACACUGUUAAUAGCGCAGCAUUUCCUACUAACAGUGAGUGAGCGAAAGGAUGAUAUACUUUCUUGCCACAUUCAUAAUGACAAAGGGAGUUGCCUGUCUGGUAAAAGAAUGCUGGGUGGCAAUUUGUUGAGGAUUUUUGGCAAAUGUUUGGCCAAUCAGCUUCCUCUAUCUAAUUUACAUCUCAUCUGCCCUGGAGAGAUCUAGUGACAGCAUUAAACCAUGAGGAAAUAGGCUUUGCCAAUCUGAGGACCCAAACAGGUUUCAGGGUCUGAUGAGGAUUUCACUCUCCAGUCCUUACGUCUUCUGGAGAACUUCAGUCUAUUGCAGAAUGGUAUCUCUGCUGUAUGCUUUGUUACUCUGGGCAGCAUGGGUCCAAUUCCCUGUUGUCAAAACCAAAGAGACUGUUGAAGAAUCUAAAACCACAGACAAAACAGACACUUCUCAGACAUAUCGAGUUAGCAGUGGCUUAAUGCAGUGUGGUGAAUACAGCAAUGAAGUGAUGCCAAACAGACAAUGUCGUUUAAUAGCCACAUUACCUCAUCUGGAGGAGCAGAGGUGUCCGGACAUGUUCCGCUGUACAGAUGAGGUCUCCUACUGGCUGCGUGAGAACGAAGAGCGCAAGCAGCAAAUGCAGGACCUGAAAGAGACCAUCUCAGAGCUUCAAGAAGAACUGAGGAAUCACAGACAUCGCAUCAAAGUGCUGGAGCUGCAGCGUGAGGAGAAGUAUGGAAUGAACUCGUCUUUAGAGCAUCGUUUCCACAUGCUGCAGGAGAUCUAUGAAGAGACCAAUGCACUGCUGCACAUCCAUGGAUCACUCAUCUACGACAUGCAAACACAGAUUCGCAACCUCACUAUGAUAGUAGAGCGUGUGAGGCGCAAUCCUGGCUGUAUGAUCAAUAUCAUCCGCACAAGCCCGCUCCUCGGCUCUCAAGAUACCCUUCACCCAGGAGGUGGAUGGACUAUGUUUCAGCGUCGACAGGAUGGAAAGGUCAAUUUCAACCGCAAAUGGACAGAAUAUAGGGAUGGCUUCGGAGAUCUGCAUGCAGAAUUCUGGCUAGGAAAUGACCAUAUCCACGGUAUCUCCAGCCAGGGAGAGUAUUCCCUUUGCAUUGACCUCCAGGACUGGAAUGGCAAGCUCAAACAUGCACUGUACCAGAAAUUCUGGUAAACAUUUGGAAAGAUUAAGUUCU